GUACCAACCUGUUCAGUUGCAACCUAGGAGUAGGACUCACUCUUGACUCUCCUCCAGGCUCUAACUAAUCAAUAAUCAAUAAAUAAACCCACUUACCACUUACCACUACUAGUCUUAGAGGAGGAGCAGAGAAAUACUGGUUAAGAAGAUUUUGAUCAUGGGUGGCUCUAUUCCUGCUCACAAGUCUGAGUUAGCUCUGACCCAAAGUCCACAUCUGGUCCGAGCCACAGCGAGCGGGCCUAAAAAGAAGGGAACAGUUCGAGCCUGGUUGGUGCUGAACACAACAGGCCAGGCCCAGGUGUUAGAGGCCGGAAAGUCUGAGAUCAUGAGCCGCACGGGCUUGCCAGGCAGGGACCUUCGGAGCCUGGACCCAGUCCUGUCAUACGCAUCAAGCAUUUUGGGGCGUGAGAGGGCCAUAGUGAUCAAUCUUGAGAAUAUUAAAGCCAUUGUUACGCACAACGAGGUUCUUUUGCUGAACUCAAGGGACCCAUCUGUCACACCCUUUAUUGAAGAGCUUCAGAAACGGCUUCACUUUCAUUACCAUUCCUGUCAUACCCAGGAGGCCGAUGAUGAAGUUUCUAACAAGAAUAAUGUACAUGAAUUGGAAGAUUUGAAAUCAAGGAUUGGUAGUUCUCAAAGGUUCUCCAAAAGAUUUUCAAAGUUCAUGGAUCAAGAUGAGUCAAUUAAGAUGGAGGAUGAAGUUGAGAGUAAAGAUGGAUCAGAGGUUCUUCCAUUUGAGUUUGUUGCAUUGGAAGCAUGCCUUGAGGCUACUUGUAGUCGCUUAGAUAGUGAAGCCAGGACAUUGGAGAAAGAGGCUCAUCCAGCCUUAGAUAAACUGACUUCAAGUAUUAGUACGCUCAACUUGGAACGUGUUCGUCAAAUCAAAAGCCGCUUGGUUGCAAUAACUGGACGUGUUCAAAAGGUAAGGGAUGAAUUAGAACACUUACUAAAUGAUGAUGGAGAUAUGGCUGAGAUGUAUCUAACUGAAAAGUUUCAACAAAGCCUAGAAAAUUCUUCUACUUCCUCUAUAAAUGAGAGCGAUGACACGGAUGAUGAAGAAUUUCAAUCAGCCAUUGAUGAUAGGGUGGCAGCUGAAAUCUCAUCUGAAGUUAGUGAGUCUGCUAACGAUACUCACAGUGCUAUGGUCAAGAACUUUGAUGUUAAGGAGCUUGAAAUGCUCUUGGAGCCGUACUUCGUGCAAAUUGAUGGUACAUUAAACACAGUAUCCACGCUGAGGGAGUAUGUAGACGACACAGAGGACUACCUCAACAUAAUGCUUGAUGACAAACAGAACCAUCUCCUGCAAAUGGGGGUUCUAUUAUCAACAGCAACCGUUGUGGUGAAUUCCUUUAUUGUUGUGGCUGGAAUUUUAGGUAUGAACAUCAGAUUCAAUCUAUUCAAUGACGUACCACCUGGGAAUACAAGAUUUCUAUGGACUUGUGGAGGCGGCACGUUUUCUUGCAUAGUCUUGUAUAUCUUUGCUAUUGCCUGGUAUAAACAAAAGCGAUUGCUAGAAAGAUGAAGGGAGAGAGACCAUUAAUUCGAAACUUUUGUUGUGUCAUAAAGUUGGGAGUUGUAUGGACCCAUAAAACUUUUAUAUGUAAUGUAUACCUCUUAUUAUGUUUUGGUUA